AUGUGGAUGACCCAUCUCCGGGUGAUUCGCAGGAUGUUGUUGGUGGACUGCGGGAAGUACGGACAGUAGUGCCCAAGGCCUUGGCAUGUCCAUCGUGAGAGUUGGGAGUAGUAGUGUUGCAAGCACAGGCUUGAACCCUCACAAUACUGCUGUUAACCGUUCCUCUGCUGGUGUCACAAGCGUUGGUUCGGUUGGGAUGGGAAGUAGGGCUUUUGGUAGUCAGUCUUUCAUUCCAGGAAUAGUUAGUGAAGCUUUCAGUAGCCAGUCUUCUAUUCCACCCGCACCUUCAGCGUCGAGUAGGUGGUGGGAAAAUGUCGCCAGUGGUACCACAUUGAUUCCUGGGGCCGGCAUCACAGAACCAGGAGAAAACUUGGGAAGGAGCCCUUUUGAAGUUCCCAAAGCUCCUGUGUUCGACGGAUCGGACGUUGCUUACCCGUCAUGGUCACCAAACGUUCUACUGAGUGCCCGACACAACAACUUGUUAGAAGAAUUUUCUUGUGAAGUGGGAAUUCCGAUCGCAAAUAUUGAAUUCGACUUGACCGCUUGCGUAGACAAAGGAUUCAGUGUGGAUGUGCUGCGCCAGGAAGAAAAGAGAACGGUGAGAAGUCUGACAUAGUGCUAUUUUCUCAAACCAGAUUGAACGACUCGCAUGAUCUGACGUGUCUGGUAGAGUAUAACGAGGUUAUGCUGCUGGAGUGCUUGUCAAGUGAUGAUGCUGUCCGCAAAUACUCUUUAUUCUUGUGAGGAAAGACAGAUAUGUCAAGAAUGGUGUUACGGACACGGUUACUGCUGUCCACAUGACAGACUCUCUCUCUAGCGUUAACGAUGUGCAGUCUUGCUAUUAGAACGCAUGAGGGAUUGAUGGCGUUAUUUGCGAAGUAGACCGUCUGGAACCCUGGAGGAAGUGUUCGUGAUUGCUGACAGCGAGUGUUCAGUAGAGUUGAAGGUUUGUGCAACCUCUUUUCUCCCAGCGCAGUUGUUGAUGGCAUGUUAUGAAAUAGCUUCGGUGGUCUUGAUGGUAUGAUGGCUACUUUCGACAGAACAGUUAUUCUUCAGAACUUCGAUGACAUGGUUGUUGCUAUUGUGUAUCGUCUGGGUGAUGAAUCUGUCGGUUCGGUGUUAGCUGCCUUCACCCUUCUAGACCCCAAAGCAACGAUAGAUAAUGGAUGUAAUCGAGUUUCAUAACAUUUAUGCUCAUUCACAUGAAGGAUUACUUCGUACAACAGCAAAACGACUAGGUAUGGAGUUGACCGGUAAUAUGAAUGCUUGUACGGGGUGUUCGAUGUCGAAGGCAUUCAAGAAAGGAAUUGCUAAUGAAACAAGAUGCAGAUCGGACAANGGAUUACUUCGUACAACAGCAAAACGACUAGGUAUGGAGUUGACCGGUAAUAUGAAUGCUUGUACGGGGUGUUCGAUGUCGAAGGCAUUCAAGAAAGGAAUUGCUAAUGAAACAAGAUGCAGAUCGGACAAUAAGUUGGGCAGAGUUUUUGUUGACCUGGGAGGGCGGAAGGACGUUGCGUCCGUAGGGGGUAAACAUUACCCCAUGAUAGUGAAGGAUGAUUUCACAAGACGUACAUGGAUGUAUUUCCUGAUAAAUAAGUAAAUCAGACGCUGCGAGUGUUCUCCGAAGUUUUCUCGCAAGUGUGCGUGCUGAUGGUAUCCCAUCAUUGGUUGAAAUUGCUAGAUCUGACAAUGGGGGGGAGUAUUUCGGUGGAGAAUUUGCGUCUGUGUGCAACGAGCUCUUGAUGAAGCAAGAGUUCACCCCGGCUUACAGUCCCCAAUACAACGGUGUUGCAGAAUGUGGUUUGGGAUCGAUUGAGGUGGCGGCAAUGGCUGCCCGUGUUCAGGCAAAAGUUUUGUUUGGGCAUGUGCAAUUACCUAAAGACUGAUAGACUAUGGGCUGAGGCCAUGCACUGGGCUUGCGAAGCAAUUAACCACACAGCUUGUACGGAGAUGUGGCAUGGUGAAGCUAGUCAUGCUAGACCGUAUCCGUUUUUGAAACCGGCUUACUGUAGGUGGCAGCGACCGUCUAAGCUACUGCCGAAGGGCGAGGCUUGCUUUAAUUUCGGUCCUUCGAGAGACCACCCGCCUGACUGUCAUAGGUCACGUACGAGGGCUGGCACUAUUCAGGAAACGAGGAAUGUGACGUGGGAAGCGUUGCCGUCACAACCCCCUCCACCGCAACCGUCUCUCUUGCAGAUUGAGGUCGCAGAGGAGGGAGUGGAGGGACGUGACGACGAUGUAGAAGCUGAGGUCAACCCCCCUCUGUGCCAUCUUCGCCCGCGAUUGGUUCCCCUAUUAGUAGUAGCGAAGCCCUCCCUUUGUCUUCUCCAGCAGACGAGAUCACCGAUGAGGGAGGGCCGGAAGGGCCGGAGACAGGGGAGGCAGAAUCGGCGGGUCCGGGUGGGCAGGAGGUAGAGUCGGAGAGUCAGGAAGGAUUGGAUGAAGAGUUGGUUGAGCCGGGAGGGCAGGAGGUAGAAUCGAAGUAAUUUCCCCCUGCUCCGCACGUACCAUCUAAUCGUCGUGCGCGGCAUGAGCUUGCCAGUUACAACAGUGCUGCAAAUGAGAAUGUUGAAAUCAGAGAAGGCAGAACCUUGAAAUCAGAGAAGGCAGAACCCGUGCGCAAACUUGGGCCGUAAACCAGCAGAGCGUAUCCGGUCUCACGGUCACUCUAGGAACUAUUUCCGCAUCUGAAAUUACAGAAGCACUCUUAGUGGAGCAGAGAGCGUCUGAUACUAUGGAACUGCCGAGAGAGCUCAUUCAGGAUGUAGAGACAGAGCCUGGUAGCUACCGAGAAGCCCGCCAGUCAAAACAUACCGUGAUUUGGGACCAAGCCAUGUGUGCAGAGGUUGAAGGCUUGUUAAGAGCAGGAAUGUUCGCGCUAGCAGUAAAGGUCCCGAUAGACUGUAACGUGAUAGAUGCUAGAUGGGUCUAUAUAUGGAGAGCAGAAAAAAACAGGCAAUAUAGUGAAGGCCAAGGCUAAGCUUGUAGCGGAGGGCUUCAAGCAGAAGUAUGGUGUGGAUUGUCUUGAGACUUUCUCGCCUACUGCAAAUGCUGCAUCGGUUCGUUUGUUGGUAGCAUUGGCGUGCAAGAAUGAUUUGGAAUUUCUCCACUUUUGACAUUGAGCAAGCGUUUGUUCAGUCGGAAUUGGAUCAUGAGGUGUUCAUGAAGUUGCCUCCUGGCUGCGAGUCGAUGUCAGGAAAGGUCGUCCGUUUAGACAAGAGUUUGGAGGGACUGAGGCAGGUAUGUAGAACAUUUCUCAAGAGAUUUGUGUCGGACCUUAAGAGGGUUAGUGUCGAACAAUCUCUAUCUGACCCCUGUGUUCUGCGUUUCAUGAUGAGAAACGAGGUGAUGGGUAUGAUCGCGAUUCAUGUGGAUGACUUUCUGUAUGGAGGAAUUGAGAGUCUUGCCAAGAUCGUUGUGCAAGCGCUAGGUGGCUCUUUUCACACGAAGAAUUUUGGCGAGGUCAAGUUCUUUCAUGGUUGCGCAUUUAGUCGCGACCGCGAGGCUGGCAAGAUUGAGAUGUCUCAAGAGCGUUGCGUCAGGAGUGUUCUCGAGAGAUUCAAUAUUUGUCGCACCAGCUCGACCCUGCUCCCCCUAUUAGUGUCUACAGGUCCGUGAUGGAGGAGGAGGAGGCAGGGGAUGCGCCAUUCCGAGAGGUGGU